ACCGGGCACGUUAGUCGAACGAUGGCGGCCGUAGCAGACGUGUGUGCUGGCCUCGCGCAACAUAAGGCUGUAUUAUUACGAGAACUCUGUGACACAAAUGUAUUAGAUGUACUCGUAAAAAAAGGUAUUUUCAGCGUAAACGAACUCGAAGUGAUUACAAGUGCAGUUGACAGUGAUAAGUGUAAUUAUUUUAUAGAAGUUGUUAGUAAACAAAGUGGUGUAAAGUUAAGGGAUCUGUGCGCUAUACUUUACAACGAAUGUCCGAAACUAGCUAAAGAAUUGAUGUAUGAUAGGCAGAGAUACGUUAUAAAUGGUUAUAACGGAAAUACCAAAGAAAACAUGGUGAUGAACCUUAAUUUAAAUAGAGAAUCUCCCCGCUCUCGUCGAUCAGUUUCGCAAUGUUCCUGCAACAGUGUCUCACGGCGAUCUUCGGCCGCGGCCUCGCCGAUGCCGCUGCCGUCUCUCAACAACACCAUGGAGAUGUACGUCGAGCCGGUCGUUGAAGAUACAGCGGAACGUAACUCCGGUUGGGAAACGCAUAGAGUUCGACUUAACAGAGUCCCUGGUUACGGGUUUGGCAUCGCCGUCUCUGGGGGCAGAGACAAUCCGCACUUCGCGAGCGGUGAUCCUUCCAUCGCUGUCUCCGAUGUCUUGAGAGGCGGUCCAGCGGAAGACAAACUACAGGUAAACGACAGAAUAGUAUCUGUCAACGGAGUACCUCUCGAAAACGUGGAAUAUGCACGAGCUGUCCAGGUAUUACGAGAGUCUGGUGCGACUGUAUCGCUGGUGGUAAGGAGACGAGCGCCGGCACCACCACCGACAGCUCCUACCACCAUCAAACUAGCUCUCACGAGAAAUGGGAAAAAAGAAGAUUUUGGAAUAGUCCUAGGAUGUAAGAUCUAUGUAAAAGAAUUAACGAUGCGAGCGAGAGAGCAACUAAACCAAGCCGGACAGGGUCUUUGCGAGGGAGACGUCAUAUCUCGUAUCAAUAACACCGCAGUGACGGACGCAAUGACCUUGAAAGAAGCCAAGAAACUCGUGGAGUCUUGCAAAGAUCGCCUUAACUUGGUCAUUACUAGAGAACUUAUUAGAGAGGAGACAGUCACGAAUGGAAAUUACCAGAAUAAUUAUAGUAGUUUAGAAGCGACACCUCACACGACAUAUCCAAGCAGCGGGGAUACGAUGUCCUCUCCGUACUCCAGCAGCGGACAGAAUCUGUACGUGGCGGCACCGGUGCGUGGUGCAGAUAACCGGCGCGGGCCUCUCGACGAGCAGCCACCGCGACCACCUCCACCGAGAAAUGAUGAUUACUAUAGCAGCCGAAGGCAAUUAUACGAAGAAGAUGGUAUGACCAAUCAGAGGAACAAGCCGCCGAGCGAACCAAGAUUAAUAAGUUUCCAAAAGGAAGGUUCAGUGGGACUCAGAUUGUGUGGUGGAAAUCGAUCUGGCGUUUUUGUAUCUGGAGUUCAACCAACCAGCCCCGCUGCGCUACAGGGACUCCAGCCAGCAGAUAAAAUUCUCAAGGUCAACGACAUGGAAAUGAAAGGGGUAACACGGGAGGAGGCAGUUCUGUUCCUGCUAAGCUUACAAGAAAGAAUUGACCUGAUAGUACAACACUCGCCCGACGAGUAUAACGCAGUAGCCAGCGGACAGAUGCCCGGUGACUCGUUCCACAUCAAGACACACUUCCACUACACGGAACCCACGGAGGGCGAGAUGUCGUUCCGCUGCGGAGACGUGUUCCACGUGCUCGAUACUCUUCACAACGGAACUGUCGGUGCUUGGCACGUGUACCGGAUAGGUCGUAACAACCAAGAAGUUCAAAAAGGCACAAUACCAAACAAAGCUCGCGCUGAAGAACUAGCGACGGCCCAGUUCAACGCUACCAAGAAGGAGAUGUCUGGAAAUGACGUUAAACAUAAUUUCUUUAGAAGGAGACGUUCGACGCAUCGACGCAGCAAGAGCUUAGGAAAGGAGCACUGGGACGAGGUGGUGCUGUCGGACAGCAUCAGCAAGUUCCCGGCGUACGAGCGCGUGGUGCUGAAGCAGCCCGGCUUCGUGCGGCCCGUCAUCGUGCUGGGCGCCGUGGCCGACCUGGCGCGCGAGCGCCUGCUGGCCGACAGCCCCGACAACUUCUCCUCGCCCAAAAUGGACAGCACUCUUGAAGACAGUAAAACCAAGUCCACGGGUAUCAUUCGCUUAUCCAGCAUCAGAAGCAUCAUGGAGCGAGGGAAACACGCCUUACUGGAUAUCACACCUAACGCCGUUGACAGGCUUAACUAUGCCCAGUUUUAUCCUAUAGUUAUAUUUAUGAAGGCAGACAGCAAACAUAUCAUUAAACAACUUAGAAGCGGCUUGCCCAAAUCAGCCCACAAAUCAUCUAAGAAGCUCCUCGAGCAAUGUCAACACAUGGAGCGCGUGUGGGGACACGUGUUCACGCACACCAUCACACUCAGCGAGGCCAAUCAGAACACGUGGUUCAACAAGCUCUGUGACCUCAUACAGAGGACUCAACAGCAGCAGCUGUGGGUUUCGGAGACCAAGAGGCCAGAGCCGCUGUCAGACGACUUUUUAUUCUCGAUGUCUUCGAGCUCAGAGAACAGACUAUCAUACGCGUCUAGUCCUGAAAGUGACUUGGAAGUCAGUCCGCCACCAGCACCGAGACUGGUGAAGUCAUCAUCGGACCCGUCCAUAGCGACCACUCAAGAUAACAUGGAUCGUGACGAUGAUAUCAAUCAAAUGACCGACGCGGUGCCUCCGCCAUAUUCGCAAGGUGGCUACGAUAGCAAAUACGGUUUUGCCAACGGUAACGGCCCGCAAAGCAACGGCGGCAAUCAUAGCCAGAAUAUGCCUCCGACGAGUGAAGCACCGCCUUACCAGUGUACUCCGAUGACUCAUUCACCCCCGCACUCGCCUCUGUACGGAACUGUGCCCGAGCUGCCGCCGCGCAGCGGGCCGGCGGGGCGGCCGGCGGGCGGCGUGCUGCUGCCCGCGCCGCCGCCCAGCCGCGCGCACGGCCUGCGCCACAACCCCGCGGGUCGUCCGAGUGCCCAAGAGAGGUUAUUCGGUCCGCCGAAGGAGAACAGUGAGGAUACAGCGACGUACAGCGCGCGACCGGCGCACGGACAGGGCUCCCUGGACAGGCACAGGCAUCCAAACAAUCCGAACUACGACGGCACGCCGCCCUACGACUACAGCGGGCCGGCGUCCAACAGCAACUCCAUGGGCUCGUGUCGCCUGCCGCCCAACGCGCCCGACGACCUCAAGGUCGCCCCCUCCAUCAAACUGGACCCCCCGCCCCCCAACCCCGCGCACAGUCCGCAGCGGACACACGAACACAACUCGCUGGACUACACGCGGCCGCCGCCGGACAACUACAGAGUUCAAGACAACUACCGCAGCCCGCAGACUCGACCACCGCCGAUGAACGGCAACAGUCCGCACGCCCAAAAUUCUCACAGCGCGCAAAAUUCUCAUAGCGCGCAAAAUUCUCACAGCGCGCAAAAUUCUCACAGCGCGCAAAAUUCCCAUAACGCCCAAAAUUCCCAUAACGCCCAAAAUUCCCAUAACGCCCAAAAUUCCCAUAACGCCCAAAAUUCCCAUAACACCCACAACUCUCACAACGCUCAUAAUUCUCAUAACGCCCAAAACCCUCACACCGUUCACAACGUGCCCACCACCCCGAUGCACGCUAGAGGACCGUCUUUACCAAACGUCCCGACCAACGAUCAUGCUAAGUACAGUGCGCGUACGAACUCUGCCUCCCAAGCGGACUACAGCGGUCGAGCGCCGCCCUACAAGCCUGUACCGCCACCCAAGCCCAAGCACUACCGUCCGCCCGAUCAACCCCACCAGCAGCUACCACCACACCAGACCCACCAGCCGCAUCCGCGCAACGGGAGUACAGCCCUGGCUGCCCCGCAGAGCCUGGAGGCGGCGGGCGCGGCGCCGCACUACUCGCACGCGCACUCGCACUCGCAGCCGCACCGCGCGCCGCACGCGCACGCCUACCAUCAGCAGAACAUGUACGGGUCUGGUCUGGGCGCGCAGUCUCCGCCGUACGCCGGCCCGCCGCCGCACCGAGCCAUCAACUUGCCGCACAACCCGCAUCUCAUAGAUUUAGCUGGAAGUCGAGAACAGCGAGGGUCGGCGUUCGAGUUGUAUAGAAAACCUCAGCAUAUGCACAAUUUGAGCUCAUCCGAUGCCAUGAACUCCAGUGUGGAGCCAGACGAAACAUUCUCACCAAAAACUAAAAAGAAAUUAUCUAAAAAGCCAUCAUUCAUUAAAAACGCCGUACUCGAUUUAUUCCGUUCGAAAUCGAAAAACUCUCAGAAAGUUUGUCGACAGAAGUCACUGUGUGAGAAUGACUUGCAACAGAGAUACGCACAGCAAAUGCCAAUGCUGAGACGAGAGAAGUCUGAUCUCGGUGACAUCCACGUCAGGAACACUCAGAUCAGGAACAAAAUGUUGCAACGUAGUAAUUCGUCCUCGUGUGAAAAGCCCGUCUUAAAACCGAUAUUAAAAAGGCAAAGCUCAUUCUGUGACGAUAGAAACGGUUCAAUUUACACCGUAAGAGACUACGAAACCAAAACUAUCGUCAAAAACUUAAGGAGACAGAACUCCAUGUGUGAAAUAGAAACUGAACCUAAAGUUACCCCUCUACUUCGUAGACAGAAUUCUCUUAUAGAAUAUAAUAGGAGAGGUGUCUAUGGACAGUCUUCCAGCUUUAAUAUGAUUACCAAAAUAGAUCCUAUUUACCAAAGACAACAGCAAAUAAAGCACGAACCAUUUUAUCCUACUCAACCUCUACCUCCAGAACCAAUUUACCAAAGCAAAGAACAUAUUGUUUAUGAUCCGAUUCCUAAACCAAGAAGGACGUACGCUUCGCUGUAUGAUACUUCCAGCGAAAAUCCCUACGCUAGCAGAUCAGAGAUCUCGAAUCAAAGCUUUGAAAAUCCGUAUGGGAACCGUGAAACACUAUCGAUGCCUCUAUUAGAUUCACCUUACGCAACAAGAGCCGAAUGCGUCAGGGAAGAUCCUUAUUCAAAUAAAAGUGAAAUAGCAGAGAGCUCAUAUAUGAUGACACAAGAUAUUCCAAGAAAACCAGAACCUCUGUACGCAGAAUCCCAAUAUACUAGCAAAGAACAGAUGUUAAGGAAUAGAAUGACAUCCGAAAGUCCCUAUGCAACGAAAGAAGACAUGCUCCGUCAAAGAUUUUCAGAAUCUCCAUACAAUACAAAAGAAGAUAUGCUAAAACAAAGAUUGGAUGGUUCAUUAACUAAAGAUCCUAUAUAUGGUAAAAGGACAUAUGAGCCACCUCCAAGUACAUCUUGGUCUGAAAAUUCCUAUGCUAUUCGGCCGGAUAGAAGGCUUCAGACUCCAGUUAAUUAUCCUGGAAGAAUGUCGCCCAUGAGCAAAUGUAUGAGUGAACCUCCUUAUGCUAGUAGAACGGAAAUGAUGACAAGAAUUAAUCAAACGGAAUCGCCUUACGCUACUCGAUCUGAAGUUAAGUCUAGUUGUUCUGAUAACCAUUAUAACACUACAAGUGACAGUUUAGAUUACACGCAGAAUAUAAGACCUGCAUCAGCAGAAUGUACGUAUGUUUCUAGACAGGAAAUACUAUCACAAAAAGCUGCUUUAUUGGCAAACAAAGAAUCAACUUACGGAAGUAAGUUAGAGGAAAAACUAGAGAUUAUAAAACAAAGAAAUCAAGCAAAAAAAGAAAAGAUUUAUCAGACGAGACUAGAAGCGAAUGAGAGCGAUUCUUUAAAAAGCAGAGAGCCAUUGUACGUAUCAAAGAGGGAACUGAAAGAUAGUGUUAUAUACGAAUCGCAUCAAGAAGCUAAAGAAGUACCAUUACCUUUAAGCCAAGAAGGCAGUGCAAGAAGUAGUCCAUAUGAACUUAGCGAUGCCAAUCAUCUAUCGCGCCGAGAACCAUUAUACCAAACGCCAGCGGAGGCUCUAACUGGUGAAUCUGAUACAUUCCAAGAAAUAGAUUUUUCUAAAUUAAGAUUAACAGAGUCUCAAACUGACUCCGAAAAAGAAAAAUCAAAGAGUUUGGAAAGCAAAAUAUUGAAAGGCGAACCUCUGUAUUCACCUAGGUUGCAUGGUAAGGCUGAUCAUAUAUCUAACGCUCUAAAAGUGACAACUUCGCCAGUGCCUUACGAAUCUUCAACAUCAAUGGAGACACAUUAUGCCUCAGAAUGUAGUAUGAACUUUGAAAACAAACCUCAAAGUACCCCAUACACAUCUCAAGAUUUAAACGACCGUUCGUUAAAAACCAAUCGGACGGUCACGUUUUGCGAACGUAUAAUCGAAAAAAGUCCUGAAAGCAGUCAAGAUAAUUCAGAAAAUGCAUCCACGAGCAGAAAUGAAACGACUGUGAUAAAUAAUGACACGACAGUUCUCAAAGCCGAUGUAUCAGAGGACAAUGAAUCCGGCAAUAAAACUAAUGAAGUGGAACCGGAUGGACCUCACACGACCUGGGGGGUGUUUGACAGUGAUGGUGGCAUACUAGAAGAUAGGCAUUGGGGCGUAUCUCUGAUCAUUCCACCAAAAGCAAUCGCUCCAGGAAUAAAACAAAAAAUCUAUUUUACCGUGUCUGAUCCGCGACUGAGCCAACGCGUGGGGGGACCUCCCAUCGAUAUGGAUAACGGUGAAGCAAUGCUGUCCCCACUAGUGAUGUGCGGUCCGCAAGGUCUAGUGUUUCUAAAGCCAGUGACAUUGCGGCUGCCGCACUGCGCCAACGCCGUCCCAUCACUAGGGCUCACGAUCAAGGCCACGGAUACUGAAGCGCACCUCAGCACGGACUGGGAUCAGAUACAUCUGCCAGCGACUACAACUCUCAACACGGUCGCGGUCAAAGUUGAUCACUUUUAGGAAUCUUCAAAUUGUAUGCCAAAUGAUUACUUGGUAUUGCCGCCUUUAAUGAGUGUGUUGCAAUAAAAAAAAAUCUUGAUCGUAUUUUAGGUGAUUUUAAAAGGUUGCAUAUGAAUGAUUUGUUUAAUACUGUUUUUUUUUUGUUUAUGAUUUAUUAAGACAAAUAAAACAUGCGUUCCAUUUUGCUACCAAGAUAGUAGUCUAAAUAAAACCAAAAUAGCGUCAAGUUUUUUUUUUUCGUUUAAAAUUAUUCACCCACCUGAUUUUGUAACUUUAAAUAUUUUUUCAUAACGAUAAUGUAAGUAUGUGGUGCUAGACAGUGACAAUUAAAAGAAAUAUCUAAGAAUGUGCAUAUCGAUACGAAUCUCCUUAAUGGAUUUGUAACAAUAAGUUACUAAUUAAUUAAAAAUGUAUUGAUUAUUUAACUAAAAUGCCUUACGUAAUCUAGAAUACCUUUAAUUUAAGAUUUAUUAUGUUCAUAUUGUUAUUUUAAAAUUAGAAUUAAUUUUAUAAUAAAAACGAAAUGUCGUGCACAGACUAAAAAUUCGAAUAAGAAAUUGGCUUCCGCAGAUAAGAAAUGGAUUUAGUUACAUUAUUGUUUUUGAUAUUAAAAAAAAAUAAUUUUAAUGUUACUUUUAAUUUUGUAACUUUGGCCUUCGUGGCAUAGUCAUAUACCUAUGUUAUGUAUGCGUAGAUAAUAAGAGUGCGUAAGCGAACGACUGUAUGUAUAUUUUAUUGUUACUAGUAAUUCGCUGAUUUACCUUGACUCGGUUAUUAAAUUUGUAUCUAA